UUUGGUGGGGCUGAAGCGAAACAUGUGGAGACGGCACGAGAUGGAGUCGCCGUCUCCCGUUAUCAAGCCACCUCCUGCAUCCUCUGCCGUCCCUUCUGCGAAAUUUGGCGUGAGACCAGCAAAAAGCAGCAAUGGUUCUUAAAUCGGCUGGUAUGCCACGCGAGACCUGAGAGGCUACAGCCUAGAGCGACGCAAAGGCCCCCCAAGUCCCCAACCACUCCCCACUCCACAACCAAAGCUCGGAAGCGAUGUCGACGACCGCUUGGCGUUGACCCAGCUCCGGCGCCGCCGGCCGUCGAUGGCGCGGCCUUCUUCUACUGCAACGCGACGGCCUUCGUGGCGUCCCUGGUGGUCGUGGUGCUGCUCCUCCAGAGGAACCAGCGAAUCAGGCGCUGCACGCUGCGGGCCGCCAUGACCCUGGACUUUGUUUGCCUGAUUGGCGCCUUCGCCGCCGCCGCCGGGGGCUACGGCUACGGGAGAACCCAGAUCUCCACCUACGUCGUCGCGCUGGUCGCCGCCGUCCUCUCCUUCCCCUUCAUCAAGUGUCUCGUGUUCUUAUACUAUCUCGUGAAGAAUCUGAUCCACGAAGCGCUCAGAAGGUACCUGCAAUUGGGGAGACCGGAGCACCGAAUCCACGAGGAGCAGAAAAGCAGAGCAUCCGAGCGCGCCGAUGACGACGCCUACAAGAUACUCCUGAAAUCGCACAAGUACCUGCUCCUGCUCGGCAUUCUUUCGGCGAGUAUCACAUACCAAGCCGGAUUGAACCCUCCGGGAGGCAUCUGGCAAGACAACGCCGCCGAUGGUCGUCCCCAUAACCUCGCCGGUGACCCGGUCCUCCACAUCACGUAUCCCCGGCGAUACCUGGUCUUCUUCUACUGCAACGCCACCGCCUUCGUUGCCUCUCUGGUCAUCCUCGUACUCCUCUUGAGCAGCAUAUUCAGAACUCAGAGGAUCAAGUACUACACGCUGCAAGCCGCCAUCAUCCUGGACCUGUUUGGCCUCAUGGGCGCCUACGCCGCAGGGAGCUGCCGGAAGGUGUCCACAUCCGUGUACGUCUCCUUCCUCGCUGUGGCGGUGUUCCUCUACGUCGGCAUCCAGUGCGUCGUCAUCAUGACAAGAGAAGCGGCAAGGGAGAAGGUGGAGCAACGCCCGCCUGGGUGGCUCAAGGAUCAAGUGUUCGAGGGGCACGCAGAGGGGGAUGAGCAGGCGACGGCCAUGGAACGGAAAUCGGAGAAGAGGCGCAAGCUUCUGCUGCUGCUCGCGAUCCUCGCGGCGAGCCUCACCUACCAAGCCGGCAUGAGCCCGCCAGGCGGAUUCUGGCAAGAGAACGAGUCCGGCCAUGUCGUCGGCGACCCGGUGGUGAACGACAACCACCGGCGCCGGUACAAGGCCUUCUUCUACCGCAACGCCAUGUCUUUUGUGGCGUCUAUCGUCAUCACCAUGCUGCUGCUAAACAAGAGGCUGUCGGCGAGCGGCAUACGGUCGCACGUGCUACAGGUGUGCUUGAUCAUCGGCCUCAUGGGCGCAUUCGCCACCGGGAGCUACAGAAAGAUAUCCAUGGUCGAUAUCCUGUUUCUAUUCUUGGCGGUCAUAGUCUGCAUCUCGCUCCAAAUUGCAUCGUUCGUCUCUGGAUCGGCACGAGGUCCCGAGAAAAGGCUCGCACCGGAGCUCGGACGGCCUCAGGUCCUAGGAGUGGAGGACGACCACGGCUCCGGCGCCUCCUCGUUGUCGAUUCCCCGAGAACAACUGGUCUCGCCUCUGUUCCAUGGAGCGUGCAAGGUGAUCGACUCGCUCCGUUCCGGUACAUGGAUGUUGGUCUUCUUCUUGGUGAUUUGGCAGCCCGCGCUGAGGCAAAACCUGAAGGUGAAGUUCAAGGUGUCCAAGAUAUCGGCCGUACUGGGCGUGCUGCUUGUAAGUGCGGUCCCGAUGACGGCUACUACCACCAUGGACACUCCGUGCACUGCUACGCCGUCGAGUACCAGCAUGGUCCGCCGCCCCAGGGAUCCGCCUCUCGUGAAGCCUGAGGAUGAGCCGACGAGGCCUAGGAGGAACCGUAGGCCUAAUAGCCAGCUGAUCGGCGGCGACUGGGUCAACUGAUAAUCGGCCGAGCAGUGUGUAUAUGUACACACCUCGCGUACGUCACUUUCGUCAUUUAUUUUCAGUAGCUUUUAACUAGCGAGUUAGGCGCCUCGACCGGGUCGCGUGGGAUGGCACGAUGGCAACCGGGAGUGGCACGUUUAGUGGCGAAGUCACGUCGAGCGUCAUGGGAUGGCAUGGCCUCGCGAGAUCAGCUUGUAGUUUCAUGCAUAUCCGAAUCACUUCGAUGCCGGUAUAAAUAAAGGGAAGAAAGCAACAGAAAAGUCUGCACGUUUUACACAGCGCA